ACAAGUCCAACCCCUUUCACUGGAAGAUUAGGUAAGAGAGGAGCACACACCAAAUUCCACACCAACCUCCCAUUUUCGCUUCCCAUGGCCACCACCUUAUCCCUCCUCUCUCCCACAUCACUUUCCUCCGUUAACCACCGCAAUGCCACCCGCCGCCUUAAUCUAGGUUCUUCAUACCUUAAUCUGCGGUACCCUUCUAAAUUCGUCAUCAAAGCCCUGUCCACUCCUCCCUCAGUAUUGACCCAAGAUGAUCUCAAGAAACUUGCUGCUGAUAAGGCCGUGGAAUACGUUAAGAGCGGUAUGGUUCUUGGGUUGGGUACAGGGUCCACUGCCGCCUUCGUGGUGGCCAAGAUUGGCGAGUUGAUUAAGUCCGGCGAGCUUACGAAUAUUGUGGGUGUGCCCACCUCGAAGAGGACUCAGGAGCAAGCUGCUAGUCUUAACGUUCCAUUGUCAACCCUCGAUGCCCACCCUCAUCUGGACUUGGCCAUUGACGGAGCAGAUGAGGUUGACCCAGAUCUUGAUCUUGUCAAGGGUCGCGGUGGGGCCCUUUUGCGCGAGAAGAUGGUCGAGGCCGCCUCGGAUAAGUUUGUGGUUGUGGUGGAUGAAUCGAAGCUGGUGGAUGGUCUUGGUGGGUCGGGCCUGGCAAUGCCUGUGGAAGUGGUGCAAUUCUGUUGGAAGUACAAUUUGGUGAGACUGCAGGAGUUAUUCAAAGAAGAAGGGUGCGAAGCGAAGCUGAGAUUGGAUGGUGAUGGGAAACCUUAUGUGACUGAUAACAUGAAUUACAUUGUGGACUUGUAUUUCAAGACGCCCAUAAAGGAUUCGGCUGCUGCCGGGAAGGAAAUUGCAGCUUUCGAAGGGGUGGUUGAGCAUGGAUUGUUCUUGGAUAUGACUACUGCUGUCAUUAUUGCUGGCGGAGAUGGAGUGAGUAUAAAGUCCAAGUGAUGAAAAAAAGGUGAGGAAGUGGCUUCUUUGAAAAUGGUUGGAAUUCAGGAAAUUUUGACUGCGUUUCUUUGAUGAAAUUAUUGUGCAUUAAUUUUGUUGUAACUUAAUAGCAUGAGCUGGAAGUAUAGAUGCAAAUAAGUAAAAAGAAAAUAUUAACUAAUUGAAGAAGGACCUACACAUCAUUUUAUGCUUUUAAUUGUUUAAGAUAUAUUCCAGCCUAAAAUUAAGUGCAUAAUGCUUGAUUUUGGUUGAUUUGUUACCGUA